AUGUUUAUAGCACGAUCAGAAUACGACCGAGGGAUCAACACCUUCUCGCCAGAAGGUCGUCUAUUCCAGGUUGAAUAUUCGUUAGAGGCUAUCAAGCUCGGGUCAACAGCAAUUGGUGUUGCGACAUCACAUGGCGUCCUUCUCGGUGUCGAAAAACGCGUUACAUCACCCUUGCUCGUCUCGUCCAGCAUAGAAAAGAUUGUGGAGAUCGAUAGACACGUUGGCUGCGCUAUGUCGGGUCUUCAGGCUGAUGCACGGAGUAUGAUUGAACAUGCUCGCGUGGAGUCACAAAACCAUGCCUUCAACUUCAACGAAAAACUCGGAGUCGAGAGCUGUACGCAAGCCAUCUGCGAUCUAGCGUUGAGGUUCGGUGAAGGAGCACAGGGAGAAGAAUCAAUAAUGAGUCGCCCAUUUGGUGUUGCCCUCUUGAUAGCGGGGUGGGAUGAGGACCAAGGGCCGCAGCUGUAUCACGCAGAACCCUCGGGCACGUUCUACCGCUACGACGCAAAGGCCAUCGGAUCCGGUAGCGAGGGAGCCCAAGCAGAGCUACAAUCAGAAUACCACCGAUCUCUGACUUUGGAGGAAGCCGAGACACUGGUUUUGAAGACACUGAAACAGGUUAUGGAGGAGAAGCUGGAUUCAAAGAACGUACAACUGGCCAGUGUCACCCGUGAGAACGGAUUUCGGAUCUACAGUGACGACGAAAUGAGCGCCGUGGUCGCCAGACUCGAGGGAGAUUAG